AUGCACGGCGUCGGUCCGACCAGGUCGCUGCGUCGUCCGCCGUCGCCUUUGCCGCCCAUCGCGCCCGUCCCGUCGCACUCUGGCCCCAGCACUCACUUGGAGCGUUCGGCGCAGCUCGCGCCGCCAAGAGCGUGGCUCGAGACCGACAUGAUGUCUGAGUCGCAAGGGCCUGGAGAACUCGCGUCCCACGAGCUCGCGGACGACGGGACAGAUGUACCGAUGCACGAUUCGGACAGCUCGUGCGCGCCAGGGACGUCUGAGGCGUCCGCAGACGCCGGCGUCGACACUGGCGGGACUGCGGCCACGCCCAGCGACGAGCCCGCGACGCCACGCGAUCGUGGCCUGGGGAACAAGCUCAAGCGUCGCGUCGCCACGGUCUGGCAGGCGAUCAGUCCAAGCAGGUCCAAGGCCAAAAAGGUCGACGACACCCCGGAACGCCGUGGCCGCCGGAAUGUCCUGCGGCGGGGCGGCGGCAACGAGGGCGCUGCCGGGUCGGGCGGCUCGCCGUCGCGCUCGAGCGCCACGUCGGACGGCGAGACCCUGGCUCAGCGGGUGCAACGCUUGGGGAAGAAGCUGUCGUCGAUUUCGCCGUUCAAGCGCUCCAAGGAGGAGGCGGGCCGCGCCCGCACCGACUCGGGCCCGCACUCGAUGGACGAGGACGUCAGCGACGACUCGCUGUCGGGGUCUUUGUUCGGCGAGGACGAGGAACAAAACUGCUUGCUGCCGGACAGCGAUGCGGUCGAUGACGAUGCCGACGCACGGCAGGAGGAGACCUUUUGGGGGAUCGUGAGGAAGUACGAGCGGAGUCCGACGGUGGUGCGGCCCGCGCGGGCGUGGGCCGAGCUGCUCAAGGGCGCCGGCCUUGACCAGGCCAAGAUUCAGCUGGCUGCGAGCACAGCUAUUCGAAUUUUCUUGUAUGGGUACGCGCAAGACAUCCAGAAGGGCUGCAUCAAGGCCGGCGACGUCCCGCUACAGGAGCUGGCCGCACAAUCUAUUCCAACAAUCGCGACCGAGCUGCUGGAGGAGGCGCACGCAGCGGUGCCCUACAACAGGAAGGAAGCAGAACUAUGUGUCGAUUGCAUCUACUGCGCGGAGCCGCUUUCGCUGGCGGCGGACGUGGGCGAUGACACGAUGUCGGCGACCGUGGAGCGGCUGGAGGACGUGCCGCACGUCGACGCAUUCGCGACGCACAGUCGCGCGACGGGCAAGCGCACGUUCGGCUUUGCCGCUUUGGAGCUCAACUCGAUGCUCGGCAUGUCCCGCGCCAGCUUCGCCGACGCGGGCGCGCUAUCAGAAUAUUUGAUGCUGUCGUCGCCGCCUGCGGAGCUCGCGGCGUACAUAAGGGCGCAGCAAAACCCUUACGCCGGGUUGUGCGCACAGAGGCCGGAGCUUCGCCGAACUAUAGAGUACGUCAUAUUCCGCCAACUGGUGGCAGCGGACUGGCGCGACGCGAGACGCGCCAAGCGCAAGGGCAGCGCGCUUGCUCGUGGACUCGCAAAGCUCGGCAAGGUGUUCACGCGCGCGGGGCGACCCACGCCGGAACACGUCGACGAGUUGGCAUGCGCGCUCAUCGACACCCAGAACGGCUGGCUCUGUGCGGGAUCGCCCGCCGGGAUCGUGCCGAUCUUGCUGGCGCCCCCCGGCACGUACGGCAUGCUGGGUUCCUGCUCGCCGGGAGCUGCGUACGCCGGGAGCUUGGACGCGACGGUGCCGAAGCGCCCGCACACGAAGGACAACACCCAGAUCAUAUGCCGCAGCCACAACCUUGACUUCAAGCGCGUGCGCACAAUGGCGGACAGCGUUGCGCGGACCGCCAAGCUGGCUCUCUCGUUCGUGUCUCGCGUCGCGCUCCCCCCGGACAUGCGGUCGUGCUUGCGGGGCCUCUCGCGGUACUUCCGGUAG